CCACCCAUCCCAGAACACUCCUCGGUAGCUCUCAUGUAAGUACGCAUCGAAUCAAUCCCGGAGCGGCAACCUUUGCGUCAAACUCAUCAUGCAGGUGACACCAGUUUUCGCCGCUUGUUUGCUGCUAGCCAUCCUGUUCGUUGGCCCUACUGGCGCGCAAUGUCCCGCCAACUCGGAAUUUACCUCCGAUGCACCGUGCGAUUCCAUCUGCGGCGUUCCCUGCGACUUUAAGGGCGUGCACAACAUUUGCAUCUGCAUGGACGGUUACUUGAAGGAUCCGAAAACGCAACAGUGUGUGCGCCAAAACCAGUGCUCCAUUCCGGAAGACAUACCGGUUCUUCGCCAAAUGCCUGCGUUCAGCUUUGCAUGCUUCGCUUGAUGCUGGAAGUUGGACCACCAAACGCGGGCCGCUGUUUGUUCAAUAUGAAACGAGAUGGAUUCAGGACGAGCUGUCAUAUUAAAAAUGUUAUAAAAUAAAGACUUAAAUUAAACAUUAA